AUGAUGAUCAGUCAAGUCCAAAUAUGCCUAGAUACUCAGUAGGAGGAUGUGUCUAUUUCUUACUGCGUAGACUACACAGUACCUUCAUACUAUGAGUAUGAUCUAUCUAUCAACUCCGGAACUCGCAGCUACUAGCUACCUUGUAGUAAGCAGCAAGCAAACAGAGCCACUAUUAUUAUUGUUAUUAUUACCAUCAUCACCGUUGCACUACUGCAUGCACUGCACUGCACUGCACUGCACUGCACUGAGCUGUACUCUGCUGUGCUCCGCUAUGCUGGCUGUAUUGUGAUUGUGUUGUAAUUAAUUGAUUGCUUCUUUUUCUUCUUGCUUGCUUGCUUGCUUGCUUGU